AUGGCGGGGCGAUCAAAGCACGGAGCAAUCGCGCAGCACGUCCAGAGCAAACCCUUUGAGAGUAGAUUUCCGGGGAAGAUCGCAAAGACUCGAGACAACACGAGUGGUUAUCCACCCAACCACAACGGCAAUAACGCAGAGUCGAACUUCUUUAGCGAUGGCAGCGGCGGAAGGAGAAACGUCGAUAAAAUGAUGCAGCUGGACACUGUUGAGAAUUGUGUGGCGGACGCCGACGUCCGAGAAGUCCAUGCGGAGGGUUUAGCUGCGGUUGAUACCUGGCCUUCUCUCCUGAUUUGUUCUCCGCAUGCGUGCACGUGA